CCGGAGCUGGGAAGCAUCCCCAGGCCCCCGUCCUGAGCCUGCGUCGGGGCCCGGAUCGGCGAGAGGGAUCCCGGGUCUGUCCGGUGCCAAAGAUGUUCCCACAGAACCGGCCCCCGGCCCAUCUCCAGGCACCAUCCGCUGCCUCCGGAGCCGCUGUCGCUGCCAGUGCCAUCCCCAGCACCCCCCAGUCCCUCAAGCUGACUUACCCGGAGACCUUGGACCGCAUCAAGGAGGAAUUCCAGUUCCUGCAGAACCAAUACCACAGCUUGAAGUUAGAAUGUGAAAAGCUGGCAACAGAAAAGACAGAAAUCCAGCGUCAUUAUGUCAUGUACUACGAGAUGUCCUACGGCCUCAACAUAGAGAUGCACAAACAGACGGAGAUUGCAAAGCGGCUCAACGUGAUCUGCGCCCAGCUCAUCCCGUUCCUGUCUCAGGAGCACCAGCAGCAGGUGGUCCAGGCCGUGGAGCGUGCGAAGCAGGUGACUAUGACCGACCUGAACGCGGCGAUUGGGCGGCCGCGGCCCACGGGGGAGCGGGCCGGACCCAUCUCCGAGUACCUGAACAGCAGCAAGAAGAGGAAGGUGGAGGAGAAGGACUUCGUUACAGACUACGGCAGCGACGCGGACAAAAGCGAAGACAACUUGGUGGUGGAUGAGGACCCCUCUUCCCCGCACAGCGUCCACUCCUACUCAUCCCGGGAGAAUGGGGUGGAGAAGGUCCCCUUGGGGAGGAAGGAGGCUGUACCGCUCAGCCCAACCUCCAUGGCCUCCUCGAGCAGCACGUCCCCGUCUCGGAGCAAGGAUGCACCCAUGGUGGAGAAGGCAGGGACGCCCAGCCUGAAGUCCAGCACCCCCACCUCCCAGGGCGACGCCGCAGCCCCGGGCUCCAGCAGCGCCCAGCAGUUCCGUGCCGCUGCCGCCAAGGCCCCUGUGGACCCGCUGGCCCUGGGCUUGAGGAACCCGCUGGGAAUGCAAAGCCCCUACUCGGCCGCCUUCGGCAUGGCCCACCCUGUGGUUAACGGGGACAUGGCCGGGACCGGCGCCUACGCCAGCCUCCACCUCAUGUCCCCCCUCGGCCCCGGCCCCCCCCGCCACGCGCGGCAGCUCCACACCCUGACCCACGGGGAGGUGGUCUGCGCCGUCACCAUCAGCAACUCCACGCGACACGUCUACACCGGGGGCAAGGGCUGCGUGAAGGUGUGGGACGUGGGGCAGCCGGGCACCAAGACGGCCGUGGCGCAGCUCGACUGCUUGAACCGUGACAACUACAUCCGCUCCUGCAAACUGCUCCCCGACGGCCGCAGCCUGAUCGUGGGGGGGGAGGCCAGCACCCUCUCCAUUUGGGACCUGGCGGCCCCCACGCCCCGCAUCAAGGCUGAGCUCACCUCCUCUGCCCCUGCCUGCUACGCCCUGGCCAUCAGCCCCGACGCCAAAGUCUGCUUCUCCUGCUGCAGCGACGGCAACAUCGUGGUGUGGGACCUGCAGAACCAAACCCUGAUCUGCUCCCUGGGGUACUGCCCGACGGGAGAGUGGCUGGCGGUGGGCAUGGAGAGCAGCAACGUGGAGAUCCUUCACGUGAGCAAACCGGACAAGUACCAGCUGCACCUCCACGAGAGCUGCGUCCUCUCCCUCAAAUUCGCCUCCUGCGGGAAGUGGUUUGUAAGCACGGGGAAGGACAACCUCUUUUUUUUUGUAGGGACCUUGCUCUGGGGCUGCUGCUUGUGCUUACCCCCCCCCUCUUUCCAGUCGAAGGAACCCUCCUCUGUCCUCAGCUGCGAUGUCUCCACCGAUGACCAGUUCAUCGUGACUGGCUCAGGGGACAAGAAAGCUACAGUUUACGAGGUCAUUUACUGAGCGCGAGAGAGGUGCCGACCGCGGGGAGGGCCCGGGCGGGGGGAGAGGUGGACUCUGCC